CGGGCACAAAAGCCGGAUUGUAAUAAAAUUCUUAAAACAACCAGGGCCGCGUCACCUUAUAAAGCCGGCUGCAACAUACAGUAAAGGGACUUUGUUCACAUCCGAACAUCUUUUCUGCCAACGUGGCACCACCAACAUGGCAAGUCGUUCGAUCAACGUUAACCUGCCAGGUCUGGCGUUUAACCAGCUGUUGGACACCAAUGUCGCCCAGCUGUACAGCGCAGCCACCGCCCUGAAACCUGAUGGAAAUCUGGCAGUGUCACCGUUGUCUAUCCUCUACGCCAGCGCGCUGAUGUACAUCGGCUCAUCCGGAUCCACCAAAUCCAAUUUAGACAAGAGCUUCCAUUUCGACCAGUUCUUUAACAGCAAUGCCGACUCCGUGCUCUCCGCCUUCUCCACGGCCAUGCCAAACCUCACAAUGUCCAAAACUCCGAAACCGAAACCCAGGAAACCGAAUUCGCAGAAUGGCGCGAUGGAAAUUGAACUGGAACCACCCGUAUUUUUUCUAUCCACCGGCCGCGAUGAGCCAUUUGUCCUCAACUUAGCCAACGCCAUUUUCGUGAAGCAGAACGCACCAUUAACGGAAAAGUAUAGAAACGGUGCGGUAAAUCAACUGCAAUCGGAAGUGAUGACGAAAGACUUCCAAAGCAAUCCCGAAAAAGCCCGCGGUGAAAUCAACACGUGGGUGUCCGAUACGACCAAUGGGCGGAUCAAAGACCUGCUGCCAAGUGGCGCUGUUUCACCGGAUACCGUUGCGGUGUUGGCCAACGCCCUGUAUUUCAAAGCAAGCUGGGAAUCGUCGCUGAAAUUCAAUCCUCAUGACACCAAGAAACGAGACUUCACCCUGCUGAAUGGCCAAACAGUCCAAGUGGACACCAUGUCGAAUUUCCUUCACGGUCUGAACUACGCGGAGGAUGCUGAUCUGGACGCCAAAUAUAUCGAAUAUACCUACACUAAUAACCAGGGCGCGAUGCUCUUUAUUCUCCCCAACAAGAAAGAUGGACUGCGCGCCUUGGAAAAAAAAUUAACGGCGAAUGUUUUCGGUAAUCUAAAGAAAAAAGUCAAGAGCGAACGAGUGAACCUGCAGAUUCCCAAGUUCAAAGUCGAAGCGGACUUGAAUCUGAAAUCCAUGCUGCAGAAGAUUGGCGUGAAGGAGGCUUUCGAGAAGAGCAGUGCCGAUUUCUCCAACAUGACACCACAGAAGGUGUGGAUCGGCGACGCUUUCCAUAAAACCUUUGUUGAAAUCGACGAAAAAGGCACAGAAGCUGCCGCUGCCAGCGCCUUCGUGAUGAUGGCUGGGGCAUCUCCGUUUGCUCCCAAACAAGCGCCACCCAAAGAUUUCAUCGCAGACCAUCCCUUCAUCUUUGCCAUUCGCCACAAUCCAACCAACGCCAUACUUUUCAUUGGCCGAGUUGAGAAAUUGUAAACUGGUUGCUGGGCCCAGUGUACAACCGGAAGUACAACUAGUGACUACCUUGACUUUGUUUAACAGUACUUCAUGAUAAUGCUAAGUAGUGAUUACUUUAAACGCUACUUUACAUUUCCUGACAGAAUGGGAUCGGAUCACCAAAUGCGUGAAAGUAAAUAAAGACAUCUCGAUUCUCGA